CUCUGCGGAGGAGAGCGGAGUGCCAUGAACACCGUCAGCGUGUGAGCGUUUCGCCGUCGCCCGCUGCAAGAUGAUCCUGCUGCCUGGUCUGCUGUUCAUCCUCUGGAGGGAACCGGCUCAGUGCCUGGCGGCGGGUGGACGCUUUGUUUUUAAUGGAGACAUCCGCCAGUUCGCCGUGGCCGCCAACACGGUUUACGUAGCUACAGAGGUGACGCUGUACCAGCUGAACCACGACCUGACGCUGGUCCGGAAUGUGACCCAGAGAGGAGUCCUGAAGGGCGCGUCUGAACCGAGCGACGCGCAGUUUUACCGAACUUCUGCGACGGACGUCUUCAACGCAACUUUUCUGGUCAACGUGUUGUUGCCGUUUGUUGAAAACGGCACCCUGAUCAGCUGCGGUUUGACCGACAACGAGUGCGGUUACUGCGAGGUGCUGGACCUGAGGAACAUCUCCAACGUGCUGUACGCUGAGCCCAUCCAGGUGGGGCCACCGCGGAGCAGCGGCGCAUCCAUCAGCUUUCUGGUCAACGUGGAGAAGACGAGUAACGAGACUUACAUUCUGACUGGCAUACAGCAACACGAAGGCAAGUCCACGAAGACCAGCUGCUCCUCUGGAUCUGAUGCGGUCAACCUUCAUAACACGAACAACAAUCAGAGAGGAUCUAUAUUUUCCGUUAUCGGCGACUUCUCUAACCCUGCGUUCAAAAGUAAAGGCAACGUGCAGUUUGUAGAUGGAUUCCAGAUCGAUUUAAUCAUUUAUCUGUUCUCCAACGUGCCGUCAGGGCGCAGCAACAAGGUCCGUCUGAUUUGGCUCGAAGGCAAAACAGGCAAAGUCCAGACGCUCAAGUCGCUGCGGGGCGCGACCCUCAGUGUCUCCGGCGGCGGUGAAGGCAGCAGGCUCCUGGCCUCCUCGGUGAUUGCGGGGGGGGCGCCGGUGCUGUGGAGCGGCGUGUUCAGCGUGGACGGAGGUCAGACCAACACGGAGCUGGCGGUGUUCGACAUCAGCCCCGACCUCACCGGUAACACGGAUGCAGACCCGGACUUCUGCAGCGCCUGCUCGAGCAAGUCAACGCAGACGCCGAAGGCGCUGAAGCCGAAGAAUGUGCUCUUCAGGCAGAGCUACAUGACCUCGGUGCUGGCAGUGAGGCACAAGGCCUGGGUGGUUUUCUUCAUCGGGACCGGAGACGGGCAGCUCAUUAAGCUCACUGUGGACAAGAACUAUCACGUCAGCUGUGCCAGGGUGCUCUACAGGGCCAGCGACGACCGCCAUGUGUUUCCCAAAAUACGUCUGGAUCCGGUGGAUCUCAAACACGUCUACGUGCCAUUUGAAAAGCAGCUGAAGCGCCUGCCCGUGUCGAAGUGCAGCACGUACAAAAAUGCGCGGGGCUGUUGGGCUGCGCAGGAUCCACACUGUGUCUGGUGCAGCUCUGCAAGCAGAUGCACAUUUGAAGAUGAGUGCCGAGAUUCAGACUGGCUAUCCAUUCCUGAUGAGUCUCAACAGAAGAUGGUUUCCUACAAAGUAAUGAAAAACGGCACUGACCAGAUCUCAUUUAACAUCCGGGCACACUUGACUGUGGGCCCGAAGGCGCUGUCGAACUUCGCCUGUCAGUUCUCUGCAAGUUCGAGUGAGCUCUGCAGCAGGAGCAGCCCUCCUCCACGGUUCCCACAAUGCACCUGCAUCCUUAGAAAUAGCACACUUCCUGCCGAAGGCAUACGCGUCACAGUUAAGAUUAGACUCGGGACGACGCAGUUGUCGGAAGAACUGAUCAUAUCCAACUGCGCUGCCAUCAGGGGACCACCAACUUCUGUCCUGUGUCGGCGGUGUAUCAGGGUUGGAUGUGGCUGGAGCGACAGCGGCUGCUCCUGGGCAAAUCAAGGAGCGAGGAAUGACAGCGUUUGUCAAAUGAUGGAGUCCGGGAUGAACUUUUCUGGACCACAGAUCUCCUCCAUUUUCCCCGGCGUCGUGUCCUUCUACGGCAGAAACAACGCAUUGCUGUCCGGCCGUAACCUUGGCGGCGUAACCGGAGUGAGGAUCCAGGCCGAAGAGGACUGCGAGCCACAGCAAUCUUCCGUAUGGAACAACACUGGCGUGACUCUGAUGUUCCACAUUCCCAGCACGGACAACAAAGGCGUGGCCAAAGUGUGUGUUCUCCUCGAAGAUGGCAGCUGCCACGGCAACGCUAACAUCACCUACCGGUCGUCACCAUCCUGCGCCAGCAUCGCACCAAACAGCACCUGGAUCAGUGGGAUGAGGAAGAUCACACUUAUGGGAUCCCACCUGGAGUUCGUGGAAGGGGUCAUGCACAGGCACGCCAUGCAGGAAGUCAGACUUCCCAGAAACAGCAGCUAUCAGAAUCUCACUUACUACACACCUGCAGCUAAACAUAUUGGGGGUUUUGAAAGCGGUGUGUUUUUGAAAGUAGUUAACGAAACCUUGGACUGCUCCACAAGCAUAACGUACUACCCCGACCCUGAGUUCACCAACUUCACAGCCACUAGGACGGGGAACGAUGUCCGCAUCACCAUAGAGAAAAAGGCAGACGAACUGCACAUUAUCCCGGAGGAGCUGUCAGUGUGGGGCGUCCGGAAAGGACAGCAACACGUCUGCGUCAUGGAAGCCAAAGAAACCGGUGACGAGACAGAAUUUUUCAUCUGCGAGAUUCCAAAGAUACCUGACACUUCAUUUCAACAGUUAAUGAUAAGGUAUGGAGACAAGACAGUAACGCUGAAGCCCAAAUCUUCAUCUGGCCUGUCCCUUCAGAUACUGCUGGUGCUGCUGCUGAUACCCUGCAUUAUCGUUUUGGUGGCAGUCGUCUACCGAAGCAAACAGAAGAAGCUCACCGCUCAGAUGAACAAGCGCAUGGAGAACCUGGAGCUCGACAUCAGGAACGACAUCAGACAAGGUUUUGUGGAUCUGCAGACGGAGAAAGCCGACCUGAUGGAAAAUGUUGGGGCGAUUCCUUUCCUGGACUACAAGCACUUUGCCUCCAGAAUCUUUUUCCCUGAGAAUGACUCCUUGAUGACGUCAUGUGUGAAAGACAUCGGACAGGACGUGGUGCAGGUUCACCUCGACGAGAGUUGCCAAGGCCUGGCCAGGCUGAUCCAGGACCAGCUCUUCCUCACGUCUAUGGUCCACGCCCUGGAGGAGCAGAAGACCUUCACCAUCAGAGACAAGUGCACGCUGGCGUCGCUGCUGACUGUCGCCCUGCACAGCAAGCUGUCGUACCUGACGGAGGUCAUGGAGGCUCUGCUGAGGGCUCUGAUGCAGCAGAGCAGCAACGCUCAGCCCAAACUGCUGCUGCGACGCACCGAGUCCACAGUGGAGAAGCUGCUGACCAACUGGAUGUCCAUCUGCCUCUACGGCUUCCUGCGGGAGAGCGCCGGCCAGCACCUGUUCCUGAUGGUGAGCGCGCUGCGGCAGCAGACGGCGAAAGGACCUGUGGACUGCGUGACUGAGAAAGCUCUGUACACGCUCAGCGAGGACUGGCUGCUGUGGCAGGCUCAGGACUUCAGCUCCCUGAAGCUGAAGGCGCUGUUCGCGGUGGGCAGCGACGGAGAGGUCAGCGAGCCCCUGGAGGUCAACGCUCUCAGCUGCGACACGGUAGAGCAGGUCAAAGAGAAGAUCCUGUCCACCUUCAAGGUCAAGUUCGGCUUCCCCUACAUCACCCCCCUCAGGAACGUCUGCAUCGAGUAUGAGAAAGACGGAUCGUUCGUCCCUCUGGAGGAAGUGGACGCGAGCUCGGAGGUUAUCGGGGAUGUGACGAUGCUCAACACGCUCAAGCACUACAAGGUUCCCGAUGGAGCGACAAUCAAAGUGCUUUCUAGGAAAACGCCUCCUCCUCUGAGCCCGCAGGCAAGCCUGAAGGAUGAUGAGAACUUCUCUGGAAAAUACUUCCACUUGAUUGAUCCUGAUGUAGACGAGGACCAGAGGAAGAACCCAGAGAGGAAGAAGUUCAAGCUAAAGGAAGUGCACCUCACCAAGCUGCUCUCCACCAAGGUGGCAGUGCAUUCGUUUGUGGAGAACCUGUUCAGAUCCAUCUGGGGGAUGCCGCACUGCAGGGCCCCGCAUGCUGUCAAAUACUUCUUCGACUUCCUGGACGCUCAGGCAGAGAGCAUGAAGAUCGGCGACCCGGACGUGCUGCACAUCUGGAAGACCAACAGUUUGCCCCUGCGCUUCUGGGUCAACAUCAUGAAAAACCCUCAGUUUGUGUUCGACAUGGAGAAGACUCCAAAUCUGGACGGCUGCCUGAAUGUCAUCGCGCAGGCCUUCAUGGACUCCUUUUCUCUUAGUGAGACCCAGCUGGGGAAGCAUGCACCAACCAACAAGCUCCUCUAUGCCAAAGACAUUCCCCAGUUCAGACAGGAAGUGAGGGCUUACUACAAGCAGGUCAGAGAUCAGCCACCAAUCACAGUCUCAGAAUUCAAGGACUUCCUGCAGGAGGAGUCAAAGAAACAUGAGAACGAGUUCAACGAAGCUGCAGCGCUCAGAGAGCUCUACAAAUACAUCCAGCGAUACUUCCAAGAGAUCGAAGAGAAACUGGCCCAAAACGGCGCCCCUACUGAGCUGAGGGAGCAACUGCACCAUGUGAAAAACUUGUCUGACGGACUAAAGUGCUGCUCCUGGAACUGAGCCGCCAUCCUUUCACUCAUAUAAAUGAACUGCGAAUGACCUGGUGAGAGGGGAAGUCUUACCACGCUGCUGGAGAGGACCGAGGAGCCUUUUUCCAGUGUGCAUCAUCCCCUGCUGCUGAGAUGAGACGAGGAGUUCAGAGACUGUUCCAGAGGAGCUGAAAGGAGCCGCAAACCUGGGUGGUAAUUUCAUGAGUCGGGGUUCUCGGUCAGUCUGGGUUUCCUGCCCUGAUGUGACAAAAAACUGUUGGAAAAUCUGAAUUCUGGCAAGUUGUACGCAUUAAAGUGAUGAACUUUUGACAAUACUACUGCAAUACUGCAAGGCACACAUUAGCAGCAUUCAUGGAAGGACACUUACUGAAUGCAGUUUUGCUCUAUCUGCUGACCGGUCUUGUGUCUGAUGGAUUUUAGUUCUGCACUGAUGUUUCAUUCAUUCAGCUGUCAAAGUCAAAACCACAGAUACAUCAGCUCAUCUUUAAGUGAUUAUUACUUCAAUACAAUUCAAGUUAAACUUGUUGAAUGACGUCAAUAGUCUGUUUAAACAUUGUGCAAUUCACAGCCUGUAGUGUUUUAAAAAUUUCCUGUCUCUCCGUUUUUAUAAAAACUGUUGUCCUUGAUACAGCUGUGAUUUCACACUGUACCUCGUUUUCUCCAAGAAACAUCACAUAUGAGAGCUAAGGUGGCAUGAUGCUCAGGAAAACAGUAACUUUGACCAGUGACAAGGCAGCUCCUGGCAGCUUAACGGCAUCACUUCCUUCAGAAAACCAGAGAUUUGACGUUUACUUCUUGGCCGCAGCAGCUUCCAGUUCCAGUUCCUCAAUCUUGGCCUCCAGCAACUGGAUCUUAUCCUGCAGCCUCUUCUCUCUGUUCUCUGUCUGCGUUUUCCUCUGUGCAACACACAAACAAACACACACACAGGGUUAAAGUCAACAAUUUUUAAUUUGUACAGAGAGCAACGGGGCCAUAUUUUGAUAACUGUUUUAUUUUUAAGUUGUUUUAUGAGAAAAAAUAGUGAAGAAAUGCUAAGAUGAUUAAUGCUGAAAAUAUCAAAUGACUCUGAACCCAAUCUGGUCACUAAUGGUACCAACGUAAACGAACUAGCAGCCGUUGCCGUUUCUUUUGCGGGGAGUUAGCCAUUUUAAUGCCAGGCCUCGCCUCCCCACAUGCAAAUGUUCUACCAAAACACAAUGACACAAUUUGCAAGGACACCGUUGCUUCAUCCUGGGCUUUGAGAUGCCCAAGACGAAUGUGAUUGUUUGAGGAGAUACACAGCUGCUUCUCUUUGUCAUGUGUCCUUGUGAACUGAAAAUCUUUGUGUUUUGGGUCAAUAGAAAAAGACAUUUAAAAGAGUCACAUUGAGCUGUGAGGUGUGAUGGGCAUUUUUAGCGAUUUUUUGGACGAAAUUAUGGAAAAACUGACACAUUAAUCAAUAAUGAGAAUAAUCAUUCGCUGUAGCCCUGAUUUAUUGUUCUUAAUUGAUAAAUAAAAUGUCAGUAAAAAGUCUUCAGGACUCAUUUCUACAAACAAAUCUAGCAGAAACAACCAGUCUGCCCUCUUUCUGUCAAUCAAGUUGUAUAUAUAUUUAUUCUUUGUCAGACAAAAAGCAAGAGUCUUCUCACUUCCUCAGCUUUUACUACACAGCCCACCUCGCCCAAAAGCCACAACUGCAAUUUUAUAUUUAUUUGCACAGAGACAAACCAUUCAUAAUGUUCAGUGGUUAUAUUACCUUAUUUUACUGUGUGUAUGCAGAUUUUUGUCUGGCAUUUCCCUGUUUUGUUGGUGUUUUUUUGCAUUACUCAAUAAACCUGUUGGUAAAAUGUCUUGCUAAAGGCUCAGUCAGACUCCACUGGUCUACUCGACAUCAGAGGGUUGAUGGACAACAUGCAGCGAUAACAAGUUUGUCGUGUUUUUGACCGUUUGGAGCAAUAAUAUCAAAAAUCACCCUAAUAUCCACCACAAUGAACUCAGCUGCAUUCUGUUUGAGUGCAACUUUAAUGGACUUCUGUUAUUUCCAGCUCUGCGGUGUUUAAUGACAAAAUGUCACACUGCAGGAGUUUGGAAACAUCAGGAAGCGCAACAGAACAUGAACAGCGCUGUUCGGCUGCCAUCUUGUGGUCAUCUCCUGUCAUUGCACUGUUGGGAUGACUGAAGUAAUGUGGACUGUUUGAAGUCGCUGCUCAGGCAUAUUUCAGCGUUUUAUUUCCUGUGUAGGAAUGAGAGAGUGGCUGUUUUUGACAAAUACUUCAAGUGGUGAUUUUUACACAGAAAUUCUCAGAUCCAAACGGCAGACUGACACAGGUGGUAUAGAUGCAGUUAGUAAAUGAGUAGAUUGUAGUUUUUCUAUUACUUACCCAAAUACUGAAUGUCAUGAGAUAGUUAAAGUUUGCUUUCACUUGUUUUCACUGAGGAUGAGGAGGACGAUAGUGAGGACUGGGUGGACUCUUUGUCUCCAUGUCUGAGGAUGAAGACAGCAUCAGGCCCCGAUCUCCCCUCUGGACCCUUUUGGCAGGGAUGUCGAUAAGUGCUUCCUUCUGUUCCUCCUCUUCCUCACUCUGCGGGUGGCUGACACUCAGCUUCCCAGAGGUGGGAAGAGUGCGCUGCCUCAGCCUCAGGCCUCAGCUCCUCCUCAGAGAGGAGCAGGAAGCUGCCAAGAGGCUGAAGCGGAGCUGUGAAGAGCGCCACACAGAGCUGGCUCCCUUAACUUCUGUGUUUAGUUUGUCACGUU